AUGCGAGGUGAGGGCAAUACCAAAAGGAAAAGGACAACUAUUGAAAAGUUAGAGGAUAGAAUGCACCCCUGGGCGGCUGACCCUAAAACGAUAGGAGCACUGUCCGCGACGCAGUUGGCCAUAUUGGCCAGUAAAGAGAAUGAACCCCAUUACAAAGACGCCAUUCGUGAAGCCGACGGAAUACCCGUUUUUAUAAAUCUGCUAAAAUCACACGAACUGGACAGAGUGCACGCGGCCGUCGUGGCGUUAUCCUUUUUGUCCGUCGACAAUGUGAAAAACUGCAUUGCGAUGUUUGAGAAUGGCGCCCUGCCUUACCUAAUCAGCGGGAUGAAGUCAAACAUUGACGGCAUGAAGGCGGCCUGCGCCCAGACGUGUAGAAAUAUUUUCGUUCUCGACAAGAAGUACAAGAAGGAAUUCUUAAAAUUGGGAGGAAUUACCCAGCUCGUGAAUUUGCUUGAGAUGCCGCGCAAGUACGACGAUAGCCAGCCGCUGUACACGCAGCUGGAGGCCAUUUACCACUUGGAGGAUUUUAUACUGAAUGAUGGAGACGAAGUGCCAGAGUUUUUGGAAGCCGUUAAAAAUUCCAACGCGAUUAAAAGUUUGAAAAAUCUGCAGCAGGUAAGACGGGAGGAGUAA